CAAUGCACAAGUCAUAAUCAUUGUCUGAGCUAAAAAACGUGGUUUAUGGUUCAAAUGAUCCUGUUAGGAACUAGUCCACCAAUGAUAAGUUCUUUUCCUAGAACUAUAUAAUGAAAUUUUUCCAGCAUGCUCUAUAUAUUAUCGAGUUCGUGUUUGAAUGAAAUAUGCUACAACUCAUGUGGUAGAACAGGCUUGCUCUAUGUGUUGUUAUACUUUAACAUCAAAUUAUGCAAUCGAAAAAAUCAUCCCUGGAUAGCUCUUCUAGCCUUGACUGCAAAAACGUUGCAAGAAAGUUAGCAGAACAUCUUACGUUUCCCGUUAAAAGCAUAAUGUAUUGUGUCAAUAUACAACCCUGGCAUGCUAUUAUGACUGACGGUAAAAAGGGAGUUUCCUUGUUGAUCUCGCUACGAAUGAAAUCAUAACUGAUGUAUUGUUGGAGAAUGACUGCUAAAACCCCCACUGCUGUGUUUUAGAUGUUAAUGCAGUUGAGACAGCAGUAGUUGUGUUGCUUGCUUCAUAACAGGAACUUCUUUUUUUGUUCAUGCAUGAAAUUCUGUAAUAUAUUCCAAGAAGCAUGAUCUUGUUCCUGAAUAUCGAAAUUUAAAUACUGGUUGAGAAUAAGCUUUUAGUGGAGGAAACUGGGGGUAGUGCCCAGGUUGCUUCAGCUUAGUUAAACAACAGCAGCAUCAACCUGCAGCACAAGAAAUAUGAGCUCAAUUUCAAUCAUUUGUGGUUAACCAGUAUGUGGUUAAAGUUUUGAUAGAAUUUGUUCUGUUAUGUCAAUUGAGAAGGAUGCACCCCUUUCCCUGGUGAUUGAUAUCAUUAUCAAGCAAGGUCUCUUUCAGUCAAGGUAUGAAAUUCAAGCCUUUAGACUUGAAAGUAUAGCACAUGGAACAGGUGCACCUGUUGAUGAACUACAGGUUGAAGGGGUUUCUAGUCAUAGCGAUUUGAGGAAGAUUUUCUCUUCACUUGCUUCUGAUUCUAGUGAAGACAGUAUUUUCCCUACAACAUUCAAGAAAGUUGAUAAAAUUCUCCACGAGAUGAAGGAAAAAGUUGGGUUAGGUGGUCCCAAUCCAAAACAUGAAGUUGAAUUAAGUAAAGAUUCAUCAUCACAUACUCGUACCAACGAAAAUGUGCAUCAUCAAGAAUAGAUGUUCCUGAUUAUGGAGAAGAAAAAAACAAGGUUUCAAAUGGCUCAUACAAUGUAAAUGUUAUGGCUUCCGCUUGCCAAAUGGAACAAACAACAAUAUUCCUACACAAAGCUAUGUUGUUGCAGAGCUUAGACAGAUUGGUGGUGGUGACCAUGAUGUAGGACUAUUUGGCAUAUUUGAUGGCGCAAUGAACUAUCAAACUCCUGCAUACUUGCAGUCGUAUCUCUUUAAGAACCCCCAUGACGAGUGGAUGCUGGUGUCGGGCAAUUCUCGUGCAAUUAUAUGUUGUAAGAAUGGUAUGGCUAAGCAACUAUCUGUAAAUCAUGAUCUUCUUAAUAAAAUGGAAAGAGGAGCACGUAAACAGAGAGUUUCAUAUUUGCUGAUAACGAGACAUUUUGAAUUGUUUGUUGACACGGACAAGGUCAAGGAAAACAUUUGAAAUUAUUUCAAUA